UUCCGGAUGAGAGGGAGUGGGACCUGGGAUGGCAAGCUCCGCCCCGCCUCGUCCCGGCUCUUCUAGAGGCAGGAAGGGCCUUAUUUGCCGACGGUCCCUUGAGCCGCCGCCGUCACUGAAGGACAUUUUGCAUGGUCCCUAAAGGCUGGAAGUGAGGGCGGGACCAGGGUAGACGGACGGGUUUUUCAGCCAGUCAGCGACGUAUAGUGGGCAAAGCUCUGCGUCACGACUUCCGGUUCCGGUGGGGCGCGGAACUUGGAAAGGCUCGCCGCGAUGCCCCUGCACAAGGUCCCGGUCGGCCUAUGGAAGCAGCUCCGGCUGCGGGAGGGCAUCUGCUCCCGCUUGCCCCGGCACUACCUGCGCUCCCUGGAGCAGGCGCGAACGCCCACCCCUGUGCACUACAGGCCUCACGGGGUUAAGUUCAAGAUCAACCCCAAGAACGGGCAGCGGGAGCGUGUGGAGGAUGUGCCCAUUCCCAUUUACUACCCCCCGGAGUCCCAGCUGGGGCUCUGGGGUGGGGAGGGCUGGGUCCUGGGCCAUCGAUACAUCAACAACGACAAGCUCUCAAAGAGGGUGAAGAAGGUGUGGAAACCACAGCUGUUUCAGCGCCAGCUCUACAGUGAGAUCCUGGACACGAAGUUCACAGUCACAGUGACCAUGCGGACCCUGGACCUUAUUGACGAGGCAUAUGGUUUCGACUUCUACAUCCUCAAGGCAGGUGGAGGCUCCUGGCCAGUGAGAGACNNNNGUUCCAAGUUCGGGAUGGACCUGAAGCGAGGGAUGCUUCUGCGGCUUGCCCGCCAGGACCCCCAGCUGCAUCCGGACGACCCCAAGAAGCGGGCAGCCAUCUACGAAAAGUACAAGGAGUUCACCAUCCCCGAGGCAGAGGCCGAGUGGGUCGGCCUGACACUGGACGAGGCUGUGGAGAAGCAGAGGCUCCUAGAGGAGAAGGACCCCACUCCUCUGUUCAAGGUCUACGUGGAGGAGCUGAUUGAGCGGCUGCAGCAGCAGGCACUGGCUGAGCCCGUGGUGGUGCAGAAGAGAGCCAGUGAGAGCUGACCGCACAGGGACCAAGGCCGGAGAGCCACGCCCAGCCACCCCCGCUCCGGCCGUGGACGCAGCCCGGGGUGGUGACCGCCACGUUAGGGUAGUGGACAAACCCUUCUGGUGUGCUGACUCAGCAGCUCCCAGGGUUGGGUGAGCUUGUGGGCACCCCGAGAGGUCUCUUGCCCCAGGAUCCUGAGAGGUGUGGGGCCGUCUUGCUGCCUGUGAGGUGCCCCCCUUCCCCCUGAAGUGGGGGCAGCAUGAGUAAAGUCUGAGCCGGGC